AUGGACAUUGUCCAACGCCCCCGAGCUGACAUGGAGUUUCUGGAAGGGGAACUGGGUGUCCCAAGUCUGAAUGAUGUCCAUGACCUUCUUUGGCUAGCUGGACGCCCCAUGCCUCCACGACCGCUCACCUACCAGCUUGCGGCCUCGCGAAAUAUAGCCGUGGUGGAGGACGUCAAUCUCCAUCUUGUAUGGGAGCCCGGGCGGAUAUUUUUGAAGCCCCUUCCACGAUACUUGCUCAAUGCGGCCUUCUGGACCGAACAUCUCGCCUGUGAUACGGCGGCCCAGGAUAAUUCUUCAUGCGUCUCUGGUGUGAGCCUGCAGCAAGAUGGCCCAGGUGCUCCGUCCAACGCUUUAAGCAAACGGCGACAGCUGUACGGGUGCGCCUAUGGCUUCCUACUGUCGUACACGGCCUUGAUCCAGCACGAGAGCGACUACCAUGUCGCCGCAAGCAACCACUUACUGCCAGCGGACGUGGACUGGGAUCAUGGCGUCAGACCUCAUGGCAGCUUCUGGAGAACAGCCCUCGCAACAUCACACGGGUCAACCCGCGGUACAGAUACGGAGAGCUGCGACUGUCGCGACUCAACAAAAUUUCCCGCUGGCGCAGCCUGA